AUGUCCAACAGUGUGUCCACCAGCGCCGUCAGUAUGGAUAGCCCCAUCAGCACUGACGGUGACAUGCCUAGUAUUCACCAUGGCGUGGAGAAGGCGGUGUACAUGAUGUGGAACAACCAGUAUAACGAGGCUCUGGAUCUGUUGCGUGCAAAGAAGGACAAGAACCCACGCUAUGCUCUCGAGUGGGCCAAUGUCAGCCUUGUCAAGACCCUUAUGAGCUCUACGAACGAAGAUCGCGAAAGUUUGCUCGACUUGUUCAAGGCAGCGGACUCCCUGUCGACCUCGAGCAAGUACAACGACCCCAUGUUUUCCGAAGACGACGCGGAUGUCGACAAGGAGGAGGACAAGACGCGCAAGCAGCUACAAAAGGAAAAGAAAAAGAACAAAAAGGUCUUCAUGGCACGCAAAAGGGACGCAUCCAAGGGCGGUGAGUACUUUGACCAGACCUGGAAGCUCGAGUGUGAUGUUAUCUAUGCCGACGCACUCCUAAUCCGCUCCAUUGGCCAGCUGAUGAUGAACUCCUAUCUCAAGGGUGGCAUCAACCUCCGCAAGGCGUGGGGGUGCUACUACUCUCUCAUCCAGCAGGUGGAGCAAGACACCGAGAACAGGAUUCCGUACGAGUUGAAGAUGUGCAUCAAGUACGGCACCGGCACUUUCUACGCCUUUCUGGCACUUGUGCCGGCGAACCUGAUGAAGCUGCUGAGUAUCAUCGGCUUCAUUUCUGACCGCGACCUCGGCGAGCAGUACCUGACAGAGGUCUUCGAGAGCAACACGAUCCGCUCCCCGUUUGCCGCCCUCGUUCUGUGCACGCUAUAUCUUUUCCUCCCGACCGGCCUUGGCAAUGUCGAUGUAACCUUGUCGCGCGCGCGCCACGUCCUGGAGACAAUGAACGUGCGCUACCCGAACAACACCUACUUCAACGGCUACGCGAACUUCUACUUCCGAAAGAAGGGUGAGGUGGAGCCGGCGGUGCGCUCCAUCACACUAGCUGCCGAGAACGCUGAGAAGGCCGGUCUUGUGCCGCUGCUCAUCAAGUACCUCUACGCCGACACUCUCUUCAUGAACCAGCAGUGGGCCGAGGCACUGGAGCAGUAUCGCAGGAUCCUUGAUCACCUGGCAAAGACCAAGGAAAAAUUUGCGUACACUGGCCAGGUCGUGCUGUCCGUGGCGGCGUGCUACGUAAUGCUAGACAACGACAAGGAGGCUCUGGUCUGGUUCAAGAAGGUGGACUCCAUGUACAACCCCAAGUCCAAAAGCGACUCCAACUCUCCGCGCUUCGCGAACCGUGUCAUUGCAAACCCGCGUCUACUGCCGCUCUCGGGUGUGUACAUGCUCUACAUCAACCGUGACCUGGCGCACAUGAACAAGGCGCAAGGCCUCCGCGUUCUGGCUGAACUGAAACGUGUGACGAAGGACAAGGAUUUGAGCGGGCCAGAAGCGGAGAACAUGUACAACCUCUUCCUUGGCGUCAUUGAGAAGGGCAGCGAGAACACCGAUGCUGCACUAGUUUACAUGAAUAAAAUUUUCGACAACGAAAAGAAAAUCCCACACGAUUCGAUGAUCCUGCCCUUUACGUACUACGAGACCGGGGAGAUGGAGUACCGCCGUGGAAAUAUAGAAAAGGCAAAGGAGUUGUUCGACAAAGGCAGUAGGAUCAAAGGCGACGGCAACGAGACACUGUCUAACCGGUACAGCAUCGCCAUGAAGCAGCUGCGCCGUGCAAUGGCGGACCGUGAAUCGCAGUAG